ACAUGUGCCUUUAAUUUCUGUCAGGCCAGAAAUAUACAACAGAGAAGUCACGGAUCAAAACAUGAGGGGUCAUCUGUGACUUUGUUCAUCGUAGACAAGUGUAUAAAAAGUUAUGUUGCAAGUCUUUGAUAGAGGCGGAUCUUAGCAAUAAAACAUGGCCAGUUCCAUGGUGGCAUUGGGGCUCACCCUAGCAGCAGCUGGAUUUGUAGGUCGCUAUGCCAUGCAGGCCAUGAAACACAUGGAACCCCAAAUGAAACAAGCUAUGCAGAGUUUUCCCAAAUCGGCUUUUGGUGGUGGAUACUACAGAGGUGGAUUUGAUCCCAAAAUGAACAAGAGAGAGGCGUCGCUCGUUCUAGGAGUCAGUCCCACAGCUAACAAGACCAAGAUCAGAGAAGCCCACAGAAAACUGAUGAUUCUUAAUCACCCCGAUAGAGGUGGAUCACCAUAUCUUGCUGCUAAAAUAAAUGAAGCAAAGGAUUUACUUGAUGGACAACUAAAGAAAUAGAUCAAAUAAUCACAUUGCACUUGGUUUUUCUUAUUGUGCCCAAAUAAAUAAUGUAAGAGAUCAAA